AUGCAUCCGUUCGAUAACGUAUUUGUGCCGUUGCCCAGGUAUCGCAUAGCCAUUUGCAGUUCGUGCCACAACGCCGUAUUCCCCAGUUCGAUCAAGACGCACGUUAAUACACACCAUUUUUAUUUACCAGUACGGCAUCGGCAACAGAUCAUCCAGCGAGCGGUAGAAUUGGAAAGACGCGGCAUUGUAGGGUCAGAUGUAAGCGGAAUCCAGUUCCCAAGCCCGGGGGAUCCCGCCGUCCCGGGUUUGCCAGUUUGGCCCGAUGGAAAGAAGUGCAUAGUUCCCGAACCAGACGGCCACCCGUGCGGCCAUAUCCGGCGGACGUAUCGCGGCAUACAAGCGCAUUGCCGAGACGCACAUGGUUGGACCAACGUGCGCGCACGUGGAAGGCCGUCGGCCGGUGUUUCACCAGGCGGCGAAGGGGACGUAUGGGUCGACAGCAUACAUUGCCAACAAUUCGGCAAGACGGGCACGUUGCAGCGGUUGUUCGAAGUGACGCCAGCACAAGCAUCCACAUCGACAAUGGAAGGCAGCGUGCAUCAAAGCCAUCCGGACUCAGCAAAGCAGAUAGUAGCCCAGUUUAACGAGUUGGCCAACACCGUCAAAGACAACGACCAAAAAGCGGCGGCGGUGAUCGGCGAGCAGUCGAGGUUUUCCGCCAACAUGUGGGUUCGCCGGACCGGUUGGCCCCGGCAUUUACAAGGAUUCGACCGCGAGUGGUUGGCCGGCACCGCACAGCCACGAGACCCGGAAAAACGGGAGGAGAGGAAUCGAAGGAAUACAGAAGACAAAGGUAAGGACAAAGGUAAGGACGAAGGAGCGGCAACCGAGAAGGCGUUAGCCCGUGUUUUAUUGGCGGUAGAACGGGUUAUAUGGCGGGCCCAGCGUGCAUCCCGGGUCGAGAUAGUUGGGUCGACGGCCAUCAAUUAUAUCAGCAGGCGUGAGGCGGGUGGUGAUUCGAACGAAAAGCCGUUUCACGCAGAGCAAAAGGGCCAGACGAUGGAACGGUACACCGAAUCGUGGAAGGCGGUAGUGGCAUACGUGUGGCGGACGUCCCAUUUGAAACCGGCAGACGCAGCCGAGGCAGCAAAAACGACGGGGUCACGGGGAGAUGGGGAAACAGACGCCGAGUCGGAGGAUGAAUGGGACGACGAUUCGAAAAAUGGUUGGAACACCCAAGCCAGGCACAGAGAGGGGAGCACCCAGAACCAGCGGCCGGCAUACCAUUUCACCGCAUACCAGGCCAAGGUGUGGAAGCAGUUGCAAGAAGUUGCGUACGCAUGUGUGGUGGCGGAGAACCCGGCGGAGGACCCGGACCCGUAUAAUAGCCAAGACACAAAUGGGGAUCGGUGUUGGGAAGACCCGGUAUCGAGUCCGGGGAUAAGUGAUGAAGAGACGGGAGAGGAAUUGAGCGAGCAGAGAGGCCCGCGGCGGAGCCCCGAUAUAUGUAGCCACGAUCGACCCCAAGGUCAGGAUAUGCGAGCGUUGGAGCGAGACGUUUUGGAAUUUUUCAUCGCGUUAUUGGACCAUAACAUCGGCGACAACGAGUAUCAGAACGCAUUAUACAGCGGGUUGGCCGUAUUAGGGAUCCAGGUCGGGCACGGGUGGAGGAGCGCAUUGGUUUACACGCCCCGGUUGUCCGCCAUUGUAACGGUGGCCCGGAUGUUGGUAUUAUACAAGGCCAAACAGGAGCGGGACGACGAGGUCGAGCAGCGUCGAGCCGGAGGCGAAACGCAGCAGGAGGCGCAGCAGAACGCAAGGAGUCAUUUCGACCGGGUCCGAGAAAUGGUCCAGCGGUUCAUGACCAUCGUGGCGUUCGACGGGCAGCCGUCGCCAAUGGAUUCGAUAUUGCGGUUACGAGCGUACGGCAAGGCGAUCCGGGCCAACACCAACGCAGACGGCGUAGUCGAUUGGCACGGCGACGAGUUGUUGUACGGGCACGUGCAGUUCAGCAUGGCGUCGUUGCGGAUGAUGGUACACGGGUUAUUGCAUUCGACACGGGCGCAGUUGCGGCAGGAGGUAUUGUUAUUAGAGACCGACAGCGAGGGCGAGACCGCCGAGGGCGAGACCGCCGGGGGUAUGCCGCAGAUCCAGUGGGAUCGAUUGGUCGAUAACGCGGCCGAGACCCGGGCAGGGUGGAGUUUUGUAGAUGACCGGCGGAACCACGACGCAUGGAACGGCGUGGACGGGAAGAUGUGGUUAGCCGGCCGCGUGGCAGCCGAGGAGCGGUUACGGGACCAGUUUAUCGAGGCCGGCAGCGAGACGAGCGGAGGCACAGGGAUGCGGUGGAAGAUGGACCGAGUCCGCCAGUACGCAGAGUCCAUGAAAUCGUUCCGGUCCAAGUUGUUGGUGUUAAUGCAUAUGAGCGGGGGCCAGCCGGCGAGAGGGACCGAGUUGGUCACGGUCCAGUAUAAGAACGGCGUGGACGGGGAUAUCCGGGGGGUUGUUUAUCGACGACGGAUCGGUCGUGUUUGUCACCAUGUACAGCAAGACCAUGGGGAUGAGUGCAAAGGCCAAGGUGAUCCACCGGUAUUUGCCACGGGAGGUGGGGGAGUUGGCCGUAUAUUAUGUAUGGUUGGCGGUCCCAUUUUGGCGGAUGGUGGUUGCGGGCGCCAGCCAUGGCAAGGCGGAUUGGGGCAGUCCGUACAUAUGGGAGCCGCGGAAAGAGGCGGCGUGGGCAUUUCCGGGCGGGGAGGAAGAAGAACAGGGGCAGGAGCACGACCACGGGGAAGGCCGGAGGCGAAAGCGGAGAGGGUAUGGUUCGUCACGAUCCGGAAGAGAAGCGAAGAGACGUCGGGUUCGAGGGCCGUCCGCGGCAGGGGCAGUUAUGGCGACCAUAAUCGACGAGGUGGACGAAGCGGAAGAAGGAGAGGGCGGUACAGACGGGUAUAG